GCCCUGGUCCAUCCGGCUUCGUAGCGGACAUGGCUGGCUCCCGGCUCCCGCGGCAGCUUUUCCUCCAGGGUGUGGCCGCGGUGUUCAUGUUCGCCUUCGCUUCCCUCUACACGCAGAUCCCGGGCCUCUACGGCCCCGAUGGCAUCCUCCCCGCGCGGAGGACGCUGAGGCCGCAGGGUAAGGGGCGCUGGCAGCAGCUGUGGGAGACGCCAACGCUGCUGUGGGAGGCACCGAGGCUGGGGCUGGACACAGCCCAGGGCCUGGAGCUGCUGACCCUGACGGGCACGGUGCUGGCCCUGGGUGCCCUACUGCUACGCCCUCUGCGCCACCCCCUGGUCUACCUGCUGCUCUGGGCUGCCUACCUGUCAGCCUGCCAGGUGGGCCAGGUAUUCCUCUAUUUCCAGUGGGAUUCCUUGCUGCUGGAGACUGGCUUCCUGGCUGUGCUGGUGGCACCACUGACGCUGCCGCCCCGUCACAAGCAGGGCAGGGCCUCACCCCACGAAGGCCUCCCCUUCUGGCUUGUGCGCUGGCUGCUGUUCCGCCUCAUGUUCGCCUCUGGGGUGGUCAAGCUGACCAGCCGCUGCCCCACGUGGUGGGGGCUCACUGCCCUCACCUACCACUAUGAGACACAGUGCCUGCCCACACCUGCUGCCUGGUUCGCCCACCACCUGCCAGUCUGGCUGCACAAGCUCAGCGUGGUCGCCACCUUCCUCAUCGAGAUCGCAGUACCCCCUCUGUUCUUUGCCCCCAUUCGCCGCCUGCGUUUGGUUGCCUUCUAUGCUCAGGUGCUUUUGCAAGUCUUGAUUAUCAUCACUGGCAACUAUAACUUCUUCAACCUGCUAACGCUGGUGCUCACCACUGCCCUCCUAGAUGAUCAUCACCUAUCUGCUGAGCCUGGCUGUAGCCGCCAUAAGAGGACGCCUACCUGUACCAAGCUUCAUCCUGGCAUCCUGGCUGUGGACCCUCAGUCAACCUGUGAUUGUCCUACCCUAUCUAUAGCCUGGCCCAAGGCCCUCUUGGCCACACUGUCCCUGCUACUGGAACUAGCCAUCUAUGGGCUGCUGGCCUAUGGCACUGUACACUAUUUUGGCCUGGAAGUUGACUGGCAGCAGCGAACCAUCCACUCCAGAACCAGUGAGUGCCCACUGGGGGGAGCCCAAGGGCAGGGCUGGACCAACCCCCUUACAUCCCCGUCCUCCGCAGCCUUCACCUUUCACCAGUUCUCCCAGUGGCUGAAGACAGUGACCCUGCCCACCAUGUGGCUGGGGGUGGUCUCCCUGGCCUGGGAGCUGCUGAUGACCUUCUGGAGGUGGACCCAGGUACAGGGGUGGCUGCGGAAGCUCUGCGCAGGGGUCCAGCUCUCUGUGGUGGGCGCUGCCACAGUUGCCUUGUUCUUGAUCAGCCUGGUACCCUACUCCUAUGUGGAGCCUGGGACCCAUGGACAUCUCUGGACUGGGGCCCACCACCUGUUUGGUGCUGUGGAGCACUUGCAGCUGGCCAAUUCAUACGGCCUCUUCCGCCGGAUGACUGGGCUGGGUGGGCGGCCUGAGGUGGUGCUGGAAGGCAGCUUCGACGGUCACCACUGGACAGAGAUCGAGUUCAUGUACAAGCCUGGGAAUGUGAGCCGACAGCCCCCUGUCCUGGUGCCCCACCAGCCACGCCUUGACUGGCAGAUGUGGUUUGCAGCCCUUGGCCCCCACACACACAGUCCCUGGUUCACCAGCCUCGUGCUCCGCCUGCUGCAGGGCAAGGAGCCAGUAAUCCGCCUGAUCCAGAGCCACGUCACCAGUUACCCCUUUCACAAGCAGCCACCUACCUACAUCCGGGCCCAGCGCUACAAGUAUUGGUUUUCACGGCCUGGAGAGCAAGGCCGGUGGUGGCGACGGCAGUGGGUGGAGGAAUUCUUUCCCUCUGUGUCCCUGGGGGACCCAACGCUGGAGAUGCUGCUCCAACAGUUCGGGCUUCAGGACAAGAACCCACCUCGGGCACACAGCCCCAGCAGAGUCCUGGCCCGGGCCUUGCACUGGGUGAGGACACAGCUGUCUCCACUGGAGCCUCCCACACUGCUCUGGAGUCUCCUGGCGGCUGUCGGAGCUAUCAAAUUGGUGCAAGCGUUGCUGGCCCCCGGGCCCUUCCAGUCCUCACCUCUGGCCAGAGGGGAGAAGCAAAGACCAGCCUCCAAGGACUCCAGAGCAGCUUCCGAGCCAGCUGCCCCAAGCUCCAACCCGGGCAAUGGUUCCCGGCCCCCCCGGCGGAAAAAAUAGAGGUGCUUUCACCACCGGUCGCCAGAGGGUAGGGCUCCCAGACCUCUGCCCUGCAGCAGGGAUGCAGGUCGGCCACUGUGCCUUAGCCAGGCCUACGGGUUCACACUCAGGUCCGAGUCGGGGGACUCCAGGGUGCUACCUUGAGGACACACCAGUCCUCUCCUGCCAAUCAGAACCCUGUCCACUCACAUAUGCACCCUCACCCCAGGUGGUGGGCCUGCAGCAGCCUUACUCAGGCCCCUCCUGGGAUAUAAUCUGCCUGGGGAGCCCUGCCCUUCCCCUGACUGUAGAGGCCUGAGUCUGGAGCCCCCACCUCAGCCCCAGUGUGGGGGAGUGGAACUCACCGAGGAAGGGAGCAGGAAAGGCAGACAUGAGCAAUGGUGGAUCCAUAUGCACCUGCCCCUUCUUCAGACCUGUCCUUGAAGCUUGUUCUUCAGACCCACACCAAUAAAGGCUUCCUUUGUGUGGC